ACAGGUGUUUCAAGGAAGGAGGGGACGUGUAAAAACAGGUAGCCGCGUAUCUGCUGCGAGAUUCAUUGUCUCUCAUAAAAAAGCAGAAAAAGGGAACAAAAACAGCUUUUCCGAGAGAUCCGCGCUGGCUGUUUUCCCAGAGUAAUUGCAGUUGUAAGGGAUUGUAAUUUAGUUCUGCGGAGCUAUGCGCAGAUACAGUAUGCAAAUGUAAUUUCCCUCCAUCAUCAGCACAGUGGGACAGUGGAGAUUGAUGCGGUUAGCUGGGGCUCCGGAGAAAACCACUGCCAGCCAAUCGGCACCAGGGAAUAUCAUACCACUUCCAAUGAGAUGUUUUUUUAACAGCCAUUUUAAAAGACAAUGACAUGAGCAAACGAACCGGGAGGAUGUCAAACAGUGCCAGGCUGGAGUGGAGUGGCUCAGCUGAGCUCCGCAAAUAGACGGCGUAUAAUUUACAGAGGGGGGGCAGCGGUGUCCUCAAUGAGAAGAGGAAGAUGAAGUGGCUAAUCUACAAAACAGAGGGAAUCACCACACCAUAAACCCCAUGCAGUGACGGAGCUCUCGAACAAGAUCGCUGGAGGAAAACCAGCAGGUGAAAUGAGGAGGAGCCGAGAUUGGGGUCGACUCCUUUAGCCAUGUUGGCUGCGACGUGUAACAAAAUCGGGAGCCCGAGUCCCUCGCCGUCCUCUAUUUCGGAUAACUCGUCUUCGUUCGGAAAAGGAUUCCACCCGUGGAAACGAGCGACAGCCAGCAGCUGUAGUCUAGGAUCCAGUUUAUCCUCUUUCACUCGGAAUGGCGGUGGUUUAAGCGACUCCUUUGGCACGAACACUUCCAUGGGAUCCAGUGCCUUUUCCUUAACAUCUGGUACUUCAUCCAACUCCCACUUCGGAAACGACUACUCCGUUUUCCAGGCGUCCGUUUCCAACAACUCCCAAGAGCCCAAUCAUCAGCCCAUGUUUAUUUCCAAGGUGCACACGUCCGUGGACAGUUUGCAAAGUAUCUACCCGAGAAUGAGCGUGGCGCAUCCCUACGAGUCUUGGUUCAAGUCCUCGCACCCUGGCAUACCCACCGGAGACGUGGGCACCACGGGUGCAUCUGCAUGGUGGGACGUGGGAGCCGGUUGGAUUGACGUGCAGAACCCGAACGGAGCCGCGCUCCAGACGUCCCUCCACUCUGGAGGGCUGCAGACUUCUUUACACUCUCCUCUGGGGGGAUACAACUCAGACUACUCGACUUUAAGUCACUCUGCCUUUAGUACCAGUGCGUCUCCGCACCUGCUGACCACCGGUCAGCAUCUCAUGGACGGAUUCAAACCCGUGCUCUCCUCUUACCCGGACUCGAGUCCUUCUCCUCUGGGCGGAGCAGGUGGUUCCAUGCUGACAGGGGGUCCGACGGCCUCGUUGGCGGGAUCCCCGCGUUCUUCAGCGCGGCGCUACUCGGGCAGAGCGACUUGUGACUGUCCGAACUGUCAGGAGGCGGAACGGCUCGGUCCAGCUGGGGCAAGCCUCCGCAGAAAGGGGCUUCACAGCUGUCACAUUCCCGGCUGCGGGAAAGUGUACGGUAAAACUUCGCAUCUCAAGGCUCAUUUGAGGUGGCACACUGGAGAAAGGCCGUUUGUGUGUAACUGGUUGUUCUGUGGGAAAAGGUUCACGCGCUCCGACGAGCUCCAGCGACAUUUACGCACGCACACCGGCGAGAAGCGCUUCGCUUGUCCCGUGUGUAAUAAGAGGUUCAUGAGGAGCGAUCACCUCAGUAAACAUGUCAAAACGCACAGUGCCGGAGGGUCUUCGGGGUCUGGGGCGAGUGGAGGGAAACGUGGGAGUGAUACCGACAGCGAACACAGCGUGCCCGGUAGUCCCUCGUGCCACUCACCUGACCUGUUGCAACCUCCCGAGUCUGUCCCAACACCGGGCAUGAACGGCCGUGCAAACUCCCUCGAUUAAUUCCGUUCAAAAUGCACCUGCACGAAUCUCGAAUGAGGAAGACUUGAAUGGACUAGAAAUCUAUUUGUCGGUGCGCAAAAAGGUUAUGGUUAUUCGUUUGGUAACACUUUAUAAUAACUCUCAAGGAAGAAGUCGUUAACAAACAUUGUGAAAUGGCAAACGGAUGAGUGGUUUAUGCACAUUCAGAUAUGAAUAUCUAUAAAACAACGUUUCAUUACUUUUCUAACUAUUUAAAUGUACAAUACCUAAAUAUCUGUUAAGAUGUGUGAUGUUUGUUAAGGGUAUUUACGAAAGUGAUUAUAAAGUGUUACCUGGUGUUCUUUGAGAAAUAACCAUGUGGCCAUUUCACUUGGAUGUUGUAAAGUGGUUAAAUCUGAUUAAAAUGUAAUUUACAAUGAAGUAAGCCUGUUUUUGGUCUGCACAGACUCUUAUGUGACGCGAAUUUGGAAUAUUAUAAAGGACAUAAUCUGAUGUGUGCGUUCUGAUGGGUAUUUGUCGAAUAGUCUUAUUUUACUUACUGUUGUUCUGAAACUGACAAAUUUGUAUUUUACCCAUCAGUGAAGUGGCCUGUCAUUGCUAACAUUUUUUUUUCUCAAAACCAAACUGUGGCACUUUAUUCAUGAACACUGCUUAAAUCCAAUCUCCUAAAGACAAAUUACCGUAGUGUUGAACAGACUUCGUUUUGGCAUUUACAAUUUUAUUUCUUUAAUGUUCGAAUAAAUAGUCUAUAUAUCGCACACUGGUCUUUGUCAAAACUACAUACUACAAAUCCUACGUUUUUUGUAUGAAGUGUACUUAUUUCCUGUUGCUGCAAAAGAAUGUACAUAUUGAAAAUAAAAUAGAUUAGACUAGAAGGUAAUUCCAUGUUAAAGCGGAGUAAUGUAUUUGUUCAGACACAAAUUUUGAAUAGUAUCUUUAGUUGCAUAUAUUGACUCUAGUAAAUAUCCAAAACUGUGCAGGAGUGCUUUUUUGUGAAGAAAAACGUCAUAUUUAUCCAAGAGUUACAAUUGAUUUUUGUAAGUCUGUAAUAGACGCACUUUGAAAUUAUUUUGUAAGAUUUUAAAUUUAGAAUUCCGUGUUUAGUCACGUUUUCUAAUUUAUGUAAGCAUGCACAUGUAAGGUGAGCGUUUAUUUCACAUCGUUUAUUUGAGAAAUUGGCUCUCUAAUUUAAGUCACUCAAUAAAGUUAACAUAGAUUUAGCCACAGUGAACAGUUUGGAGUUGAAAUUAUUGCAAUGUCCAACUUCUAUCAAAUAUAUAGUGCGCUAUAAGUAUCGGUUUGUCGUGUAAGGGAUAGCCUUCACUAAUGAAAAUAAAUGUUGAAAUAUUUUACAGCAUACAAACGUGUAAUGUUUAAAUAUGUUACAGCAGUAAAUUUGUUAAAUUCAAACAUUUACGUUUACAUAAAUUCGCAAAAUGAAGCAAACUUAGAAAAAAUACAUUUACAAUUAACGAAUACAGUAGUUUAAUAUAUGAAAUCCUGCGCUAUUAAUAAUAUAACAAUUUUAGUAGAAUAUAGUAUACGGCAAA